GCCGAGCUCAAGACAGCAGGGCAGGCGCUGAUCCAGAAAUCGAGCUCUGUGAAGGUGCGCCUCGCGCGUGACAUCGCCACGAAUACGCUCACGGGCAAGCGCCGCUGGGCGGAUGCUGACCUGAAGCCCGCGUUCGGGUACUUAGAUCUGUAG